AAAAAUAGAAAUUGCAACUACAAAAAAUUGCCGGUUAAAAUUAUUCAAUAUUUAUUUAUUUAUUUAAAUGAAAGCGUUGAGAAUUUUCAACCAACAGAACCUCCCUAUAAAAACCCAAUAACCAAACCCCACAUUUACCCUCCAAAGAAACCUCUCGUAAUUUAAUUUUAUGUCUAAUUGAAGCCCAGAGGCUUGAUUUUGAGUUUCUUGUUUGCGUUAAUCAUGCAAGUAGUGAAUCCUUCUUUGUCUCAGUUCACUGGAACUGCUUUUCCGGUCGCUGCCGGUGGUUUUAACCGUGACUUUGGAGUUAAAGUGCAGAUCGGAGACGACGAGUCGAGCAAACAGCUUGAAAUGGAAGAGAAAGAAGAAGAAGAAUUUUCGUUUGAUUGUUUAAAUCCCGACGGUUCGCCGAUAUCGGCCGACGACGUUUUCCUUAACGGUAAGAUCCGUCCGGUUUUUCCGUUUUCUAACGAAGAUCUUGUUUUCGCUAACGGAAACGGUUCCGUUUCAAAGCCUGAAGAUUGUGAAGUGUCUGUAAGGACUCCAUUGAAGAAGGUUUUCGUUGAAGGUUCGCCGGAAACGGCGUCGUCUUCGGAAACAACGGGACCGUACCGGAGGAUCGUGGAGAAAACGUUGCCGGACACGUGUAAGAAGAGCAAUUCAACGGGAUUUUCAAAGCUUUGGAGGUUUAAAGAUUUCAUGAUUCGAAGUAAUAGCGACGGUAAAGAUGCCUUCGUGUUUUUUAACCAUACGGCGUCGUCUUCCGGUACUUCGUCGGUAAAAGCUGAAAAGAAAAGCGAAAAACCAAAGGCGACGAUAAAACAGAAGAGUAGCAAAACGACGUCAGCUCAUGAAAAGCUUUAUUUUAAAAACAAAGCAAUGAGGGAAGGGGAAAAACGACGGUCGUAUUUGCCGUAUAAGCAAUUUGGGUUUUUUACUAACGUUAAUAAGCUAAGCAGAAAUCUUCAUCCUUUUUAGAAUUAUUAUUCAUCUUUUGUAAUUAAAUUUAAGCAAUUAUUACUACUAAUUUCUUAAAUUAAUUAUUUUUUAUUUGUAAAUUUUGUAAACUACAUUAAAUGGUGUUUGUUAGGAAUUUGUAAAAUGACAUAAAUCAAUGAUUUGUUGAUGACUUAUUAAUGCUAUUCUAAUUUGUUUAUAAAUAAAAUAUAUAUUUUGAUAUGUUAAUAA